AUGGUUCAAAAUUCUGUAAAAAAUUUUAAUGGAAUUGUUAAAAAGAAAGAUUUCGAACAUGGAGUUUUGAGAAGUAUAGUUAAUGAAAAUAAUUCUGAAGAACCACCAUUAUUAUCUCAAAAAUAUCCUGUUCCAUUACAAGUCUACUAUAAUAGACAUUCAAAGAAAGGAAAAAAAAGUAACUCUUCAAAACCAAGAAAAGUCAAACCAUUAUGGGGAAUCAAACAUAGAAUGUAUUACACUGGUGAAAAUGUUCUUUCUUAUUUUCAUUAUGACUGGGCUGAAAUGUUUAGACGCCUUGGACAUAAUAAAUGUGAACUUUUUAAAGAAAUUGGUGUUUUAACAUUUAAAUAUCCAAGAGUACAGUCACUUCCAACAAUUUUUGAGCUUUGGGAAGAAUGUUAUUAUGAUUUUGAGUAA